AUGUUUCUUGAUGAUAAUGCUGAGGAACUCUUUGAGCUUACACUAGCAAAAAUCAAGGAACCACGUCAAACUACCCAAAAAUCGAGCAGACCUAUUAGAAAAAUUAAAAUAAUUGAGCGAAAAAAUGAUAUCGAAGCCUUUACACCAAAUGUAGACCAAGUUAUUAAAAAAAUACAAAGCAAUGAAUGCACACUUCACAAAAAUAUAAGAGAAAAUGUAUUUAAAAAAGAAUUAGAAAGAGGUUCAAUCAGAAUAAAGCGAGUUAAACGAGGGGUUCCUCUUAGUAAGAUAUUAAAGGAAGAAAAUCCGCAAUACAUACCAUAUAAAGAACCACUUCGAUACUCAAACAUAGGAAAAGAACUCAUAGAUUUACCAGAUAAUUAUAAAAGUGCAAUGUAUAAUCUUAGAUCUGUUGAUUUUGUUGAACAAGUAAGUGACAAUGACUCUAGACGACCAAGUCUCGCAGAACAUAUCAAUUGUACUGAUGGCUCAAUAAAUAAGCUACGUCAAAUCAUCAGUGCUUCAGAUGAAUAUGCAAUUAGACAACACAACGAGAUGGUCCAAUAUCUUAACCAUUGUAAUGAAAGAAGAGAGCGCGCAGUUAAAAAAUUUUAUGAAGAUUCUGAGAAAUAUGGAUUUAAGUCAGCCAGAGCUCGAUAUAAUAGAGCUGCACAGCAAAGUAGACUUCGAGUUAUCGGAAAAUUCCCAUGGUGGGAAGAAUUUAUUAAAUUUGCUUACCAAAAACCAGUUGGUAAAGAUGAGGAACAUCUAAUUGAAGUAAUAUCGCGAAUUGAGUUUAUUAAUUCAACUCGUUAUGCUUCUUUAAUGAAAGAUGUUCAAAAGAAUGUAGAAAACAAAGACAGAUGUAUUGAAUUAUUGAAUUGGAUCAAUAAGAAAUGCAAAAUUAUUGAUGAACAUAUUACAUCUCUUAUUGAUGACACUCCUACAAAUGCUGCAUCAAUGCGCAGAAAAACAUUGACAAGAAACUUCAAGAGUACAAAGUCAAUGAAAUCAUCUGUGUUUUAA